CGGGCUGCGGGUGGCUUCGCCGUCCGGUCGAGAAGGCUGAAGGUGUGUGGAGAGCAUGGGUUAUGACAUUGACCGCUUUGUCGGCUACGUUAACGAAGGGCUGCUGUGUUCCAUCUGCCGUGACGUCUUAGAGGACCCCUUGCAGGCUCCUUGUGAACAUGCUUUCUGUACUGCUUGCAUCCAUGGGUGGCUUGUUCAUCACAGUAACUGCCCUGAAGACAGGCAGAUGAUUGAUGUGUCUCUGCUGCGACCUCUCUACAGAUACAUGAAAAAUGACUUGAACCGUCUGCAGCUGCAUUGCAAAAACAGAGAGUAUGGCUGUGAAAUGGUUUGUUCUCUGGAGUCUAUAGACAGGCAUGAAAGGGAGUGUGAGUACAGUCAGAUACCUUGCUCCAAUGCUGGCUGUACGGUGCAGAUCGAGCGGCGUAACCUGGACGGGCACCUGGCAGUGUGCGAGUACCGGAGCCGCGAGUGCCCCAACGGCUGUGGUUACACCAUCCUCAGUGCAGAGGACACGCAGCACAACUGUGUGGCGGAGCUGAGGACCGAGCUGGAGCUGCUUCGGUCAGAAAUGAUCUGCAGAGUGGAAGAGGCAAAACACGAGAUGGAGUCAAGGUUAGAUUCACAGAGAAGACACAUGGUCCAAAAAGAGAGUAUUUUGCAAAAUGAAAUUGAAGAACUAAAGAGCCAGAUGUCACGAAUGAUGUCGGACGUUCGCUCUCUGAUGGCUGCAGAGAGGCAGCACCGCCAGGAGCUGGAGCAGGCUGAGCUGGAGAAACGGGAGCUGAUGGAGCUGCUGAGGGGGCUGCAGAAGGACUGUCGAGGAGCUACCCCAGAGGGAAGCAGGAAGCUAACAAAUUUCCGCCCUCUGACACGGCUGGAGAGCGUGAAACGGAAGCCUAGGGAAGUGACAGUCAUCUAA